AAUAAUAAGAAAAAAAAAAAAACAGAAAAAAAACAAAGGUAAAGGAGAUGUAGGAAACAUAUCCAAAAAACCCAUCAUUCGAAAUCUUCAAAUCUUGAAAAUACCCAAUUUUUGACCAAAUUUUAGCUCAGAUUUCAAUUUCAAUUACAACCCAUAUUCAGAAAAUUUCAAGUACCCUUUACUGUAUUUUUUUUUUUUUUUGUGUGGGAAAAAUAUAAUAAAGGGGUACCCUAUUUUUCAGAUUUGUUCUUCAUUGACUGGAAGAAUAUAUUUACCUCGCUGAUCGGCAGAAAUUAGCUCAUUUAACACAAUCAGGGAGAAUUUGACAUUCAAACAGAUUGAAAGAUAUGCAGAGUCAGUUGAUGUGCAGUGGGUGUAGGACAAUGCUUCUUUAUCCCAGAGGAGCUUCUAAUGUCUGCUGUGCAGUGUGCAACGCGCUCACCCCUGUCCCACCUCCUGGAAUGGAAAUGGCUCAACUGAUAUGUGGAGGCUGUCGUACAUUACUUAUGCAUCCACAUGGGGCGACCAGUGUGAGAUGCUCCUGCUGUCAUACGGUGAACCUUGUCCCAGGUCCUAACCAGUUUGCUCACGUCUACUGCGGGAACUGCCGUAUGAUGCUGAUGUAUCCAUGUGGAGCUCCAUCGGUUAAAUGUGCAGUAUGCCAUUAUAUCACCAAUGUUAAUGCAGGAGAUGGAAGAGCCCAUGUACCUGUGAACACUCCUAAUGGCACUGCUACCCCUGCUUCAGGAUCCUCUUCAAAUGCCAAGGCUCGUUCUCAAAAUCAAACUGUAGUCGUUCAAAACCCAAUGUCUGUCGAUGAGAGUGGCAAGUUGGUGAGCAAUGUAGUUGUCGGUGUCACGACGACUUCAUAGCUUCUCAGUUAAAUCUGCUGUCCGUGGACAAACGAUUGAGAGUUUUGCUCACAUCAUUUGGAAAGAUGAAUAUAAAGACAGCCGGUGCAUAUAAAUAUGGUAGUGUUUAGUGUUAAUACUACAGCCACACCCUUAUUUUUCUGUAACAUUUUGAAUAUUGUUUGGGCGGUUGAGGCUGCAGUGAUUGUGAUGAUUGUUUGGAGUCUGUAAUUGAUGACCACACAUUGGAUUUGUGGCGUGAAUAUGCCCAGCGUCAUAAGUAAAGAAUGUUGUUAUGUACCUUGUAUGCCAUUAUAUUAAUGUAUGUAUAUGACCAUAUACCAUGA